CCCCUGCCGCCCGGCACGCCAGCGCAUCCCCGGGGCUGGCAUGAGUUCUGCGAGCUCCACGCCAUCAGCACCGCCAAGGAGCUGGCGCGGCACUACCUGCGCUUCGCCACCGAGCACCCACACCAUGACCUCCUGGCCGCUGAGAACUUCUCGGUGCAGUUCACCGACCUCUUCCAGCAGUACUUCUGCCAUGAGGUGAAGGAAGGUUUCGCCAUGAACCAGCUCCGCAUCCUGCCCGCCGGCCCAGCGCGGGAUUACCGGGAGACGCAUCGGCGGCACACAGAUCUCUCCUUGGGCACGGUGGCCACCAAAGCUGAGCCGGAGCCGGUUGCUCACCCCGAGCAACCCAGCCGUGUCCCCGAGGCCACUCCAGUGGGGCUGCGCAAGUCCUGGAGCUCGGAGGAGCUGGCAGGGCCGGCCCGGCGACCCUUCUCCCUCAGCCAACUGCGCCGGAGCUGGCGCAGCCUCUUCCGACGCCGUUCCUCGGACACCCUCCCCGGGGGGGACGGGGAGGAGGUGACAGCAGAGGCGACAGCAGCUCUCAAGACAGGACUGGGCAAGCGUAUCCUGCCCUGGGGGCUGCCACGGGAGCAGCCCCCUGAGGUGCGCAAGGAAGGGCUGCUCAAGUACGGGCUGUUGGAUGAGACCUCCCUGGAUGUGGGGACGCGCUGGCAGCGGUGCCGCCUGGUGCUGCGGCGAGCAGGGACAUCUGACAACGAGGAGUACGUGCUGGAGCUCUUCGACCCACCCAAGGGCUCCAAGCCAAAGCUGCUGGCUGCCUGCUCUGCCAUCCGGGAGGUGCGGAGCUGCACACGCCUCGAGAUGCCGGAUAACCUCCACACCUUCGUCCUCAAGGUCACUAAUGCCACCGAUGUGGUGUUUGAGGCAGGGGAUGAGCAGCAGCUCAGCUCCUGGACGGCCGAGAUCCGGGAGUGUGCGCACAGGGGCAGGUCUGACGUGGGUGACCCCGAGCUGAUGGCGUGCCGGCACCCUGACCCCACGGCCACCAGCCCCACCACCAGCUCCAACACCCUCAGCCAAGGGGUGACACCAGGGGGCCCGGGGGAGGCAGCGGCGCCGACACUGGAGCAGGUCCUCGCCUCCCCCCUGCGGCUGGCGCUGACAGAGCGGGGCCAGUGCCGCGUCCAGCACCUGCGCUUCGCCUCCAUCCUGGAGAUGCUGCAGCACUUCCAUCGCUACCCCAUCCCGCUGGAGUGCGGGGCAGCCUGCGACGUCCGGCUCUCCAGCUACGUCGUCGUCCUGCCCCAAGCUCCCGGCUCCACCAGCACCGUCCCCCUCCCCCUGCCUGUUCCCAGCUGGAGCCCCGAAUUCAGCCUCGACCCUGCCGGCCCCUCCUGCCCCGAGACCCCGCCGGGUCCCCCACCGGAGCAGAUCUUCCACCUGGUGCCAUCACCAGCCGAGCUGGUGCAGACCCUCCGGCCCAGCGGGGCAGCCCCAGCCCCCGGCCCCCGGCACCGCGAUUCGGACUACGAGGGGGACGCUCCGGGCCGGGGCCACGUCCGCGCCAUCGACAACCAGUACACGCCGCUCUGA